UGACUCUUCUGAAUAUUUGCUCACAGUAACAGAUCAAGCCUUUGUGACCCUUGCUACUGAUGAUGUGUACUGCCAAGGCGCUCUGGUUCUCGGACAGUCGUUGAGGAACCAUACGACAUCUAGAAAAUUGGCAGUACUCGUUACACCAGAGGUUUCCACUGGGAUGAGGUCUGUCCUCCGUAGCGUGUUUGACGAAGUUAUCGAGGUGGAUGUGCUUGACAGUGCUGACUCGGUCCAUUUGGCUCUUAUGCAGAGGCCAGAACUGGGAAUAACCUUCACUAAGCUUCACUGUUGGACUCUUACUCAUUACAGCAAAUGUGUCUUCAUGGAUGCAGACACUUUGGUGCUUUGCAACGUUGAUGAACUGUUUGAUCGAGAAGAGUUUUCGGCAGCUCCUGAUUCUGGCUGGCCUGACUGCUUCAAUAGUGGUGUAUUUGUGUUCCGACCUUCUUUGAAAACCUACAACCUACUGCUCCGGUUCGCUGCUGAACAUGGCAGCUUUGAUGGGGGUGAUCAAGGCUUGUUGAAUAGCUUCUUCAGCAACUGGGCAACAGCAGAUAUUGACAAACACUUGCCUUUCCUCUAUAACUUGAGCAGCAGUGCUGUUCUGCUUUCAAUCAGUAAGUAUUUUGGGAGAGAUGCCAAAGUUGUUCACUUCUUGGGAGCAACAAAGCCCUGGAACUACAAAUACAACCUUCAGACAAAGAGAGUUAUGCAGGAUGGCACCACCUCUGGAUCUUUUCAUCAGCUGUCAUUUCUUGCCCUCUGGUGGAAUAUAUACAGUGCCAGUAUAUUGCCUUUGUUAGAAAAACUUCAGAAGAUGGAAGAGUCAGAUUCUGAUGAAUGCAAGCACACUUUCAAUGGAGUUGAAAUUACACUGAAAAAGGUCAGUCCUUAUGUGGCCAAUUCGCUGCAAACACCUAUGCUUCCAGAGCAGACGUAUGAAGUAUAUCCCGCAGCACAUUCACCGGAGGAACUCGCUUUCAAAGCUCAACCCGUAUGUGAAGUUGAACAAGGCCGUUCUAACGUCCGUCUCUCUGAGCCUGACAGACCUUCCGAACAACCCGUAAUUCGUCCUGCGUUUCAGGAAACCACACAGCUGAACGAGGUCGCAUAUUCUGUUUCAGAGCUGUCUAUUCACCUCAGACCAGAAGAGCCAAGUCCAGAAGAUGAACGGAGAAAAUGGGAGGAAGGGCGCAUGGACUAUCUGGGGAAAGAUUCUUUUGAACAUAUCAAAAAGAAACUGGAUGCAUUUUUAGAUUAA